GGGUCAUUACUGUAACUAAUACACAUUGUUCCGUUCACACCGUUUCCAACUCUAAACACACCACACCAAAGCAAACGUCAGAGAUUGAACACGGUGUAAGAUUUUCUUUUAAGGUCAGAACAUGCUGAACUGUAAGACUACACGUCCUGCUUCUGCAUUGAUGCAUCCUUCAAUUAAAUAUUCAGUGAGUGCCGAGUGCUCUUGUUUCUGCAGUGAUGCAGGAUAAAUCAAGUUCAAAUCAUAGAGAGUCCGAGCGCAGCGUGUGAUGUCGAUCAGAAUUUAAGUAAAUCCAUUCAUUUCAUUCAGGUGUAAGGUUUUGGAAUCUGACGCAGUUUAUAUACGUGUAGAUGGAAUUAUCCUGGUUGUUAUCUACUUCUAUAUAUGAUCAAGACAUGUUUCUUCUCAAUCGGUGACUCAAACGCUUUCUUCAGGUCUGAUUUGUGGAGUUUGAGUUCAACCUGACGAUUCAGGACGAGCAGGGUGGUCUUUUUGGUCUACAGCAUCUGUUUUGAAUGGGGUCUCUGUGAGCCAUGGUGAAGGUGCUCUCCAUCAUAUUUUUCCCAGUCUUUUUCCUCAUGGCUUUGGGCUCGAAGCUCUGCCCUCAUCAGUGCUCUUGUUAUGAAGCAUCAGAGCUGGUGGACUGUCGAUCUCGAGGGUUUUCCCACAUCCCUCAUAAUAUUCCUCACGGCACAUGGCUCUUGGAUCUCAGCGGGAACAAGUUGUCAGAGUUUGGAAGUACGUCUUUUAUUGGGAUAUGGGCUCUCCGGGUACUCCUGCUGUCCCAGAGCAACAUCCAGUUGGUGCAUUCUCAGGCUCUUUCCUCUCUGACCUUUCUAGAAAAGCUGGAUUUGUCUUCCAACGAUCUCCAUGUCCUCCCUUCAGAUUUCUCCUGCGGUCUGACCUCCCUUAAAGACCUCAAGCUGUCCCACAACUCUCUGGAGCGUCUCGAGAAACACUCCCUGAAGGAGCUCGAAAGCCUGGAGCGCUUGGAUCUCAGUCACAACCACAUCCAGAUCAUCGAAGUGGGAGCGUUUCGUGGACUCACCAUGUUACGCCAUCUAAAUCUAGCCUGGAAUCAGCUGUCGGUUCUCCAAGGAGGACUCCUGACCAUGCAGCAGGGUCUUAGCGUUCUUAUACUAGCCCACAAUAACAUCUCCAGGAUCGAAACAGAAGCUCUGGCUCCACUUCAGACUCUUACCAUUCUGAAUUUAGAAGCAAAUCAAUUAAGGAGCUUGAAGUUCAAGACUUUUCUAAACCUUCAGACGCCUAGCACGCAUCUGCAGAUGUCGGAAAACCCUUGGAUGUGUGACUGUGAGCUGCAUCGGGUCUUCAGUAAGAUACUACGCGUCAAGCACCUCCAUGUUGACGAUUAUAUGAAUAUUACGUGCCAUUCGCCGCUGUUGUUGGCUGGAGCGACUUUGGGUUUGAUGCACAGUCAGCUGUGUGUCGCGGAAACGGCCACGGUGUUGGUGAUCACCGGGACUGUGAUGGUCACUGUGGUGGCGGCGCUGGUUAUGGCGGAACGCAAGCGGAAGAAGCAGAAGAUGAACUUGGAAAGACAAGGAAGUGAUCCCAUGCCUUGGGAGGCUCGUAAAUGAAGAACGCAGGGGAAAAAGUGUGUUGUUGUCACAAAAUAGGUGACCCUGGAGCACAAUUUAUGUUGUGUGGGUAUUUAUGUUUUUAGCCAUUUGCAUUAAGAACUUCAUCGGAUUGCCAUCUAUAUAGAGCGCCACUUUUAAAACAUGGUGUGAUAAGAGUCUUAGGGUAAUUGAUCAGUUAUUUAAAGGGCACCUAUGAUGAAAAUCAUCUUUUGUAAGCUGUUUGGACAGAACUGUGUGUUGGUAUAGUGUGUCCACAGUCAUAUGGGCU